AUCUGAACUUAGUCUUGUGAGGCAUAAAUAGGUGAUAAGAGUAGACUUGUGAGGCAUACAAGGGCUUUGGUCGCCAGCUCCUGAUCCCUUGGCAAGCUUCUUUCUCUCAAAGUUAGCUUGACUUUUUGGUUUAUAAAACACCACCUUUCAGCGAAAAAAUACAAGGGGCAUACACAGGCUUUUAGUUAAAUGGCAACUGAAGUCGGGUGCAUGGUAACAUCUAUUAUUCCAAAAUUCAGGCCUCUCAGUCCCUCCUAUGGCAAACCUUCUAAUACUACUAUGAGAAUCUGCUGCUCUCAGUCUAACUCUAACUUUGUACAACAACAUCAUCAAAGACGGUCGGCUCAAUACCAGCCAACCAUUUGGAGCUAUGAUUUUGUGCAGUCCCUCAACACUAAUGAUCAUGUUGUAAGAUAUGAAGACGAAGUGAAGAAGUUGGAGAAGGAAGUGAAAUGCGUGCUUGUAAUUAAGAAUGAUGAAGAUGGUCAUGCAUUGUUGUUGAACAAACUUGAAUUGGUUGAUGAAAUCCAACGGUUAGGAUUGGGGUAUCGUUUUAAGGAAGAUAUAAAGGAAGUCAUUGAUGGGAUAUUCAACAUUUGGGACGAUCAAGGAUUUGACAAUACCACUGCAAAGAUAAGCCUAUAUACUUCUGCUCUGGGAUUCAGGCUGCUCAGACACCAUGGUUAUCAGGUUUCACAAGAUAUAUUUAAGAGUUUCAAGGAUGAUAAUGGCGAUUUCAAGGAAUACAUCUGCAAGGAUGUUAAAGGAAUGCUAAGUCUCUAUGAAGCUUCAUUUCUCGCUUUUGAAGGAGAAAACCUCUUGGAAGAGGCCAAGGCAUUCACAAGCAUGCAUCUUCAUAACCUAAUUAGAGAAAAUGCAAAUACCAGUCUUGCUGAAGAAGUGAAACAUGCAUUAGAGCUUCCCUUGCACCAAGGAAUGCAAAGGCUAGAAGCUAGAUGGUACAUUGAGUCAUAUAGUAAAAGGUCGGACCCAAAUCAACAUCUACUUCAACUUGCAAAGUUGGACUUCAACAUGGUUCAAUCAAAACAGCAAAAGGAGCUGAAAGAUAUGUCAAGGUGGUGGAAAGGUCUUGGCUUAACAAACAAGUUGAGCUUCAGCAGAGAUAGAUUGAUGGAAUGCUUCUUUUGGGCUCUUGGAAUGGUCAGUGAACCUCAAUUCAGCAAUCCCCGCAAAGAAUUAACAAAAGUGGCUGCUCUAAUAACCACCAUUGAUGAUGUCUAUGAUGUAUAUGGUACUUUGGAUGAACUAGAGCUAUUCACAGAUGCCGUUGACAGGUGGGAUGUAAAAGCUGUGGAAGUUCUUCCAGAGUACAUGAAGUUAUGCUUCCUAGCUCUCUACAACACAGUCAAUCAGAUGGUUUAUGAAACUCUUAAAGAGCAAGGACAAAACAGCCUUCCAUACCUAACAAAAGCGUGGGCUGAUAUGUGCAAAGCAUUCCUAGUGGAAGCAAAAUGGUGUCACAGCAAAUGUACACCAACAUUUGAGGAAUACAUGGAGAAUGGAUGGAUGUCAAUAUCCGGUGUCCUGCUAUUAGUCCAUGCCUAUUUUCUUGUGUCUGAAAACAUCUCCACCCAUGGAGUUGAUUGUUUGGAGAAUCACCACAAUCUAUUGCGCUGGCCAUCCAUUAUUUUUCGGCUUUCUAAUGAUCUUGGUACAUCAGCGGCAGAAAUUCAAAGAGGUGAAACAGCAAAUUCAAUCUCCUGCAGCAUGCGUCAAAACGAUCAAUCUGAGGACUGUGCUCGUAAAUAUUUACAUAAAUUGAUGGAAGAAAGUUGGAAAAAGAUGAAUAUGGAAAUAGCUGAUGGUGAUUCACCGUUUACUAAGCCUUUUUUGGAUACAGCAAUUAACCUUGCUCGGAUUUCCCGAUGCACAUACCAGUAUGGAGAUGGACAUGGUGCUCCAGAUAAACGAUCCAAAAAGAGGGUGCUAUCUUUAAUGAUAGACCCAAUUCAGUGAUAUAAACUAAAUAUCAUUCCUUAAUUCUUGAUUGAAGAUGCAAUAAAUUAUUGUAAAACGGAUUAAGUGGGAAGUAUCAUGGGUAAAAUAUGAUACAAAAUGUAAAAAUAUUGCAAUUCAGAUGUAUAUAAGAUGUUUGAUGAAUAAUGAGCAUGAUUGGCAUUUGUCAAUGUGUAAAUUUCGUAGCUAGCUCUUAGUCUAUUAGUGCAUUAUUUAAUUACCAAGAAAUAAAAAGUCCACUCGGACCAGCUCUUUUAAUUUUUUAACAAA